AUGUCAGCUACAUGGUACCAGCAACCCUCUUCAUUUUUAUGUGUGGUGGAUGAUGGACAACAACAUCCUCAUUUCCAGUCUACUCAUCACCCUGCAAGCAACUACGAUACUGGAGGCUCAUCGUGUACUAGUAACUUGACUGCCAUGCCACAUAACAUCAAUCAUAAUUAUUCAUGGAUUUGUGAUAACUUCAGUACUUUUGAGGAUUUUUCUCAGUAUUAUGAUAGUCAUCAGCAAUAUUAUCAGGGCACUGAUGUUAAUGAGCUCACAGCUGUACCAGAAAAUACCAAGAGUAGUACUAUCCAUCCUGAGGGAACAAGACAGAAUACGAAAGGGAGACAGAGAAGUCGGAGGACUGACAAAAAGAAAGACAAUGUCUUAGAGAAGAAGAAUAAUACAACACAAAACAUUUGCAAGAAAGGUGAGGAAAAAACAAUUUGUGAUAAUAAAGAGGAUGCUUCAGGUUGUAAAGAUGGCUGUGUGUAUGUGAGGGCCAAGAGGGGUCAAGCCAUAGGCAGUCACAGUCUUGCUGAAAGAGUAAGAAGACAAAAAAUCAGUGAAAAGAUGAAGCUCUUGCAAUCUAUUGUUCCUGGUUGUGACAAGAUAGCAGGAAAAAUCCCAACACUAGACAACAUAAUAGACUACAUUCACACAUUACAAGAUCAGGUCAAGUCCCUAAUGACAGAGAUUGCUUUGGUUGAUCCCACAUUUGAUGUCAAUUAUCUUGCCUUAGAAUCGAUUGUGACACAUCUAGAGAGUUCGUAUGCUACGACUGAUGUUUCAGAAUGCUCAAGGAUAGCAAGUCAAUAUCAGUCCAUCCCUUUGUAUGGAAGCAGUGCUCAGGCGGUAUCUGCACUUCCCUCACCUUGGCUUGCUCUUCUAGAAGACAGGGAAUAUACAAUUUAA